AUGAAAAUUACAAUCUUCCUCACAAUCGGCACCCUCUUCACUGCCGCCGCAGCAUCUGCCCCCAAUCCCUCCAACACAAACAUCAAUAUCAACGCCGCGCCUCGGCCAGCCAUCUUCAAAUCACGAGUGUCAUCCACACUCGACGCAAGAGCACUUUUCAGGCUUACUAUCGCCGAACAUGCCGCUCUGCAGGACCGGUCAAACGCCGCUCACGACGCAUCAACAGACGCAGUGAACGCCCGGAGCGCCGUGAGCGGAAUGAGCAGAAAAGCACGCACCCAACCCCGAUCCAACCACCAACCAACCGACUCUUCAAGACAUAGCCAGCGCCGCACGACAGACGACAACAACGAGAUGCGUACCCGUAGGAGCGGCAUGCUGAAGGCGAGGAGGCAGAGAGCACGAUCGACGGAGCAGCAGAGACGGACUUUGAGGUUUCUGCCUUCACGCCGGUGA